AUGGGCUACAAACCGGUUCACGUCGCCGUGACGGUAGCAGUCUGUGCAUGGCUAUUUGGAACCCGGUCUGAAUGGCUGAUGGGCGACAAUGUCAGAGGUAAAAACAAGGAAGCACGUUCUGUAGUUGCUGCACCGCCGAUUAUACCAGUACAGCCCAAAGCGUACCCAUCUGCAGAUGAAACGCUUUUCAUAGCUGGAUCAUACUUGAACGACUCGAUCGUCACCAGCGCGUUAGCAUACGUGAACUCGGUUGUUGAUCCAACUGUUUUGGCAUACAAGACAUCCAAGUACAUAUCGUUUUCCACCGUUACGUACAAUGACAAUCCAACAACUACAUGCUAUUGGCCGUAUGCAUCUCCGCAUUGCACACGGACGACCGCUGGCAAAUGGGGAAAUCCUGAUAUCGUGUAUUGUCCGAGCAGUUAUCAAUGGGGGUUAACAUACGAUGACGCUCCAUCUGUGAAUCUCGUUGGAUCCACACACGUCAACGACACAUACUCAAUCAUGGACCAACUCACAAAAAUGAAUCUAAAAGCCACGUUCUUUGUUACUGGAAGCCAGGCUACUUAUUACCCUACUGCACUAGUUGCCGUCGCCAACGCCGGGCAUCAUGUUGCGCACCACUCGUGGACUCAUCAUCCUUUUACGAGUUUGACGAACGUUCAGAUCGUUGCUGAAUUAAUGUACACACAAGCAAUCGUGUACAAGCUGACGGGGCUGUCGAUGAGGUUUUUCAGGCCUCCGUAUGGAGAUAUAGAUGAUCGUGUGAGAGCAAUUGUUAACGCGUUGGGGUUCAGGAUUGUGCUAUGGGACCCUACAUACGACAGUUUCGAUUCGGACGUAACUGCUAACGCUGCAGGCUAUCAAACCGUCAUUACAAGAAUGACUUCAUGGUUCAACACACCAACUCCCUUCAUCGCCCUCCAACAUACCAUCAACACAUUCAGCUCAGGAACGGCUGUAGCAGCUCUCAAGAAGAUUCAAGCGAUGGGUGGAAUUCAGAAUCAGUUGAUGACUGUUCCUCAAUGUCUCGGGGAUACUCAGUGGUAUAAGAACACGCAAGUCACUACCAUCUACAAUUCUUGUACAAUUCCCGGUGGGUGUGAUGGGAAACCGCCAGUAUCUCCUACUGUUCCUGCAUCGGCAAAAGCAUCUGCUGCAGCAUCAGGCAAAGCGUCAGGAAAAGCUUCUGCUGCUGCAUCAGCCAAAGUGUCUGCUGCAGCUGCAUCUCCCUCUUCCACAAGCACUGGCGGAUGUGGUGCAGGUGUUGGAUCAUGCUCCGCUGCAAACGCACCCUGGUGA